AUGAGUGAUAAAACUUUUAUUUGCCUUCUCGUUCUUUUCUUGGCUGUCACAGGUGGGAAAUCUGACGUAACUUUCAACUUCGAAAAUAAUUGCCUGGACAACGUGUGGCUCUCCUCUAGUCCCUCCGAUGGAGACUUGGAUCCAGAAAGCGGACCGGGUACCCUAGAAAUAUUUGACAUGCCAGAUCCAUGGACCGGUAGCAUUUGGGCACGGACCAAGUGUUCUGCCAAUGACUCAAAUUACUUCUCAUGCGAAACCGGAGAUUGCCGGUCCGGCAAUCUAAGCUGCCAAGGUCCACAGCCAACUUUUCCGGUUACCCUACUCAAUUUUGAUAUCAAACAAAACGUGGUCUCCUACGAAGUCAGCUUGGUCCAUGGCCACAAUAUUGCCGUCAGGAUCCAGCCAGAUGGUGGGUCGUUAGUAGGUGGGUCAGGACCUUGUCCAGUCGUAGAUUGCAUUCAAGAUAUCAGCAAUGUCUGUCCUGCUCCUCUGGUGGCCAAAAACGAAAAUGGGGCAUACGUUGGGUGCAAUAGUGCAUGUGAUGUACUCAAGGACUGUAACCCUAAUCAAUACACACAAGCCUUCAAGCAACUGUGUAAUUUAGCACACAUUUUUCCUGGUGACAGUACCCCUCCGCUCUAUAAAUGCAGUGGGGCUGCUGUUCUUGGCAAAAUCACCAUUGCUAAUCCUAUGCUCGAGACAACAUUUGAGAACUACCCAAAAGGAAAACUUUUAUCUCGCUCUCUUAGGUUGGUUCAGGUGUAG